AUGUCUUCUCAUCAAGUUUUUUUUGACUCUGUACAACUCUUCCGUGCAACCCCGAUCUCCUCCUUCGACCUCCCACAUCUACUGCAGCUGCGGUUCACAAGCAUUUGCAAACAGGCUGACCCACACCGCAGCAAAAUGCGUCUUGCGCCGAUCAUCGAGCGCUAUAUGAACUUGAAGAGACAGGAAAACGCCGUGCUCAGCAAAUCCAAUCUAAUGCAACAGAGUAUACCAAUACCAACCGAUCGGUACAGCUAUGUCUCCGAAGUGUUGAACAUACACAUUCGCCUACUUUGUGAGCCUUGUCUCUCCGCCUUGUCUCAGGUGUCCAUAGUCAAGAUUGCACAGUAUAAAGCAGAGCUCGCUGCUAUGGAUGAGAUGGUGCUGAAGAAGUGGAAGAAGAUUCAGGAGAUGUACAACAAGAUGAUGGAGAUAAAAGGCGAGAAGGACGGGAUCAAGGUGCUCUUACAGCAGAUGUGA